AUGGCUCUUUUAUCAAGGAAGGCAGCAAUGCUGGUGUCAUUCUUGCUCUGCAGGUACAAAAUUAAAGAGCCUGCAAGGAGGGCAGAUAUGCUGAAAGUUAUCAAUAAAAGGUUCAAGGAGCACUUCCCUGAGAUCUUUGAGAUAGCCCGCUGUCGACUGGACAUAGUGUUUGGCAUUGAGAUGGAAGAAGUCCAGCCCAAUGGUGAGGCCUACAUGCUUGUCAGCAAGCUAGAUUUCAAAGAUGAUGGGAGUAGCAGCACUGAGCUGGGUGUUCCCAACAGGGGCAUUCUGACUCCCCUCCUAAGUGUGAUCUUCUUAAAUGGCUACAUUGCCACAGAGAAGGAGGUCUGGCACUUCCUGAAUAUGUUAGGAGUCUAUGAUGAGGUCCCACACCUCAUCUUUGGGAAUGUAAGGAAGCUCAUCACUGAAGAUAUAGUGGAAGAAAAGUACCUGGAAUACUGUCAGAUUCCUGACAGUGACCUACCAUGCUAUCAGUUCCUAUGGGGUCCAAGAGCCUAUGCUGAAACCAGCCAGGCAACAGUGAAGGACUUUUUAGCUAAGAUCCGUAAAGCCAUGCCCAGUGCUGCCUGGUCUCCUUAUGAACAGGCUUUGAUUGAGGAGGCAGAGAAGAUGCAAGCCAAAUCUGCAUACAAACCUGAGACCAAAGGCAAAGCCAAGGGACAUUCUAAGAGCAAGUGA